GCGCCGUCUCGCGCUGCUGUGGCCGGUUCCCGCCAUCCGCCGCCGCCCCCUUCCCCCGCCCCCCCGGGCCUCGCCCCGGGCCCCGCGGGACGCACCCGAACGCGCCGGAACGCAGGUUUUUAAGGUGGAGCACGCUUACUCUUGAUAGCUCUUUUCUGUGAGAAAGCAUGGCUCUGUUAAAGGUGCACGGACCUGUCCGGAUGCGCAGCAUGCAGACUGGGAUUACAAAAUGGAAAGAAGGGAGCUUUGAAAUUGUGGAGAAGGACAACAAAGUGAAUCUAGUAGUUCACUACAAUGUUGGAGGAGUUCCAACGACAUUUCAGUUAAGCCAUAAUAUUAAAACUGUGACCUUACGACCAAAUGGCAGAAAACUGUGCUGCCUGAUGCUAACACUAAAGGAUACCAGCUUUCUGACAAUUGAUAAGGUACCAUUUAAAGAUGCACAUGAAAUGCGGAUGUAUUUGGAUGCAGUCCAUCAAGACAGGGUUCAUACUGCUGGGAAACCCUCACAAGGAUCUGGCAGCUUUGGAGGUGUGCUGGGCAGCAGGGCCACACAGAAGGAAGCUAACAGGCAAUUCUCUUACAUAGAGAACCAGACUCCUCCCAAAAGAGUGACUGUGGAGAGUAAGGAGGAAAAUACAUUUCGCAAGGUUCUGGGUACCCCAGCGAGAGGCUCCAUUAAGAAUUCUGCUGGAGCUGGAACACCAAGCAACAGGGUGAACAUUUCAGCAUCUCCUGCAUCAGCAGUCCCUCACAGGACAGGCUUGUUGGAGAAUCGUGAAAAGAGGAAAAGAACACAACCCCCUGGUUCAGAAAUGAGUGAAGAUUAUCCCAAAGAGAAUGAUUCAUCAACGAAUAAUAAAGCCUUGAGUGAUCCAGCAUGGAAGUACUUGAAUAGCAGCAGAGAGAAACAAUUGAACCUGAAGCAGGCUGAGGAGAAUAGGACAUCAGGUGUUUUACCUCUGCAGUCGUCAUCUUUUUAUGGUAGUCGGUCCUCUUCAAAAGAAUACUCCACUGGCAGUUCCACCCUGGACAGGUCUAGUGUAUCCAGCCAGACCUCUUCAGCCAAAAGAAGCCUGGGAUUCCUUUCUCAACCUGCCCCUCUUUCCGUUAAAAAAAUGAGAUCUAAUCAAGAUUACACAGGAUGGAACAAACCCCGAGUGCCCCUUUCCACCCAUCCUCAACAACAGUUGCAAGGGUUUUCAAACUUGGGAAACACCUGUUAUAUGAACGCCAUUCUACAGUCCUUGUUUUCAAUUCAGUCUUUUGCUAAUGAUUUACUCAAACAGGGUAUCCCAUGGAAAAAAAUUCCACUCAAUGCACUUAUCAGACGUUUUGCCCAUCUGCUUGCUAAAAAGGAUGUCUGCAGCCCUGAGGUUAAGAAAGAGCUGCUCAAGAAGGUGAAAAGUGCCAUUUCAGCUACUGCCGAGAGAUUUUCAGGGUACAUGCAGAAUGAUGCACAUGAGUUCUUGAGCCAGUGUCUGGAUCAGCUGAAGGAAGACAUGGAAAAGUUAAACAAAACUUGGAAGAGUGAACCAGUCCCUAAUGAGGAUAACUCACCAGGACGUGCUUCUGAUGACCUCUCAGCCACCAAAGUUUAUACAUGUCCUGUUAUCAGUAACUUAGAGUUUGAAGUUCAACAUUCUAUCAUUUGCAAAAUGUGUGGUGAGACAGUCACCAAACGAGAACAGUUUAAUGACCUCUCCAUUGACCUUCCUCGAAGGAAAAAAUUCCUUCCUUCCCGAUCAAUCCAGGAUUCUCUUGACCUCUUUUUUCGGGCAGAGGAGAUUGAGUAUUCCUGUGAGAAGUGCAAUGGAAAGUCUGCUGUUGUCACACACAAGUUCAACAGGCUUCCCAGAGUCCUGAUUCUUCAUCUGAAACGAUACAGCUUCAAUGUAGCAUUGUCUCUCAAUCAUAAAGUGGGGCAGCAGGUGGUUAUUCCAAGAUACCUAACCCUGCUUUCCCACUGUACGGAAAGCACCAGGCUGCCACUGACACUGGGAUGGAGCGUCCAUUCUGCCAUUUCCCGUCCAUUGAAAGCCUCCCAAAUGGUGAAUUCCUGUACUGUAAGCACUUCCACACCUUGUAGAAAAUACACUUUCAAGUCAAAGAGCUCUGCAGCACUCUAUGUAGAUUCUGACAGCGAUGAUGAGCCAUUGAAACGCUCUGUUGCCCAUAGCCAAAGGUUGUGCAACAUACAGAGCAGAGAUCAACAACAACUGCAAGAAGAGCCAGAAAAGGGUUCAAAAAGAAGUAAAAUGGAGGGUGAUAAACCCGAGCUGGGUAAUGCUGGUUUUGAUGGGAUGAGUGAAGAUGAGCUGCUAGCAGCUGUCUUAGAGAUUAGCAAAAGGGAAGCUUCUCUGUCUCUGAGCCAUGAUGAAGAUAAGCCCACAAGCAGCCCAGACACUGGUUUUGGAGAUGAUGAAAUUCAGGAAUUGCCAGAAAACCUGGAAACUAUGGAGAUGGAAAAACCCAAAACAGUAUUAGACUCAGGUCCUGCCAAUUUCACUGAGAUAACUAAAGAUUUUGAUGAGAAUAAGGAAAACAAAACUCCAGAAGGCUCCCAAGGCGAGGUUGACUGGCUGCAGCAGUAUGACAUGGAGAGAGAGAGGGAAGAACAAGAACUUCAGCAGGCACUGGCUCAAAGCCUUCAAGAGCAAGAGGCACGAGAACAGAAAGAGGAUGAUGACCUCAAACGAGCCACGGAAUUAAGUCUACAAGAGUUUAACAGCUCUCUCCUGGACAGUGUUUGCUCUGAUGAAGACUCUGGGAAUGAGGAUGUUCUAGACAUGGAGUAUUCAGAAGCUGAAGCAGAAGAGCUGAAAAGAAAUGCUGAGACAGGAGAGCUUCCUCACUCCUAUCGUCUCAUUAGCAUCGUCAGCCAUAUUGGAAGCACAUCAUCUUCAGGUCAUUAUAUCAGUGAUGUCUAUGAUAUCAAGAAGCAGUCCUGGUUCACCUACAAUGACUUGGAAGUCUCUAGAACUCUAGAGACCACCGUUCAGUGUGACAGAGACCGAAGUGGAUACAUCUUCUUCUACAUGCACAAAGAUAUCUUCGAUGAGUUACUAGAAACAGAAAAAAAUGCACAGCCACUUAGCAUGGAAGUAGGAAGAUCGGUUCGUCAGCCUCUGUGAAGAGUAAAACACCUUGUUCCUCCUGAGGAGCAAGGAAGAUUCUGAACUUGUGCCAGACACGCAGGAGUAACAAACAGCUCAGGGCCAAAACAUGAGACAAAAGGUAGAAAUAUGGGACGCUCAGUUUGUUGAACCAUCUGUGCGAGUCCUGGGCCUGAACUUCGUGUUUAAACCUUGACAUCCAGAGCGACCCUCCUGUGAUGAAAUUUUUAAUGUUUCUCAAAUGAUUUUGUCAGCAUGGAGCCUUAAAGAGUUGUGACAAGCCACAAGACUACAGCUGCUCAUAAACUGGUUUAAAAAAAAUAGUGCAAAAAGAGACUCAACUUUAAAAGCCCAUUCACCUGUGAGAUGUGAGUGGCGAAGAUUUACAUAUCACUCGGCGCUUUUUUCUUUUCUCCAAGAGCAAUUUAAGCAAUAGACUGUAACCUGGCGUGUGUUGUGUUAGUAAUAUUCACUGGAAAGCCAGAUCACUGAGCAGGCUCUUGCCAGUCAUCUGGCUAACAGGCAUUUUGGAAUCACUCAAGCUGAUGCGUUGUGACAUUCAUGGGCUUGUAAGCGCUCUGCUUAUUUACGUGCGGUUCCAGGAAACAAACUGUCGGUGCUGUGGAAUGUAUUGAUACCUGGUGGCAGCUCUGUUGUUUUUUUACACCAUUCACUGUCAUCCUCAUUUAGACGUGAGAUUAUAUAUGUGAUUUCUUUUGUUUUACAAGCUCUAUUAUUUGAUUGCAUUUUCUCCAUGAGGUUGUUGGAUCAGUGCCGUUUGGAGAGGCGAGGUCUCUCGUUGGGUGUGCUGUGUUUCACACUGGAGUUGUGUUGCUUAGGGCUGCUCCGAUGUGACUCUAGGAUAGCUGAGUACCUGGAGCAAACAGAGCAGUGGCAGGAGGUGAGCGACAGCCUCUCUGCAUAUUCUGGGAAGGAAAGGAUGUUCUGGCACUACCCUUCCUGUGCAGCACCUGACACUUGAACUGCUCUGUGACCGAACCGUGGCCUUGCCAUGGUCUUGUGUUACCCCAGGGUAAGAGGCUUUGUACUGCAGCCAUGUCUCCAUUCUCCUCUUUAAGGAAUGCAGGAGUGCUCAAACUGUGAAACUAAACCAGGUGGAAAGCUUUCAGAAGGCCCUUGUUCAGCAUUAACAGAACGUGGUUAGGAAGGAGUGAGGCUUUCUACUGGGUUUAGAAGCAUGAUGCUCCUUUUACAGCUUGUUUCAGCCGUGGGGGGAGAAGCCUAUUAAGUUCAUUUUUUUUCAGCACCUUUGCACUAAUUAAGCAGGGGCAGAUGUUUCCUUUCACUGACAUUGGCUCAUUUCAGAGAAGUUGUUGCUGUAAGCAGAGUAGUUGCUCUUGUUUUGGCCUCUAGUUCUGAUUUUUGCAGCCUGAGUUUUAGAGGUGAAAUACUUCUUUAAAAAAAAAAAAAGAAGAAAAAUACCUUUUUUGCCAUUGAGAUAGUUUCUGAGUUUUUUUUAACUAUCAUUAGGAGUUUCUCAGGAAUAAAUUGGCUGCAGCAAAGCAGACAAAACCAUCGAUUUCGGAGACAGCAGGCACCUUUCACGGACACUUCCACACUAGAGUUUAUCCUGUCAGGGCUUGUCGCUGCCCUCAGGGGCCUCUUCCCACUUGUGUGCAGCAGCGAGUGACAGUGUCGGUGUCCUGCCCACCCCGAGCACUUGGGGGACCGUGGUGAGGUGAAGACUGCCCUUCCCAGUCCCCAGGUGGGACGUGCACAGGGGCCCUGGUCACGGUGGUGUCUUCCUGGUCUCUGAGCCAGGAGCAAAGGCUUGGUUUUAGACAUGCUAGAGUGUUUAUCUGGUGGGAUGCAGCCUGAGGGGUGUGUGUGUUAAUUUAUUACAAAGCAUUAUACUUUUCUUUUGUCAGUACUAAUUUUGGUCAAAUUCUGGGUGAUGGGAAGAGGUGCUGAUGUGGGAGCUGUCCUUUGAACCGAGUGCCCUGUGAAUGUGAUGGACUGCUCCGUCCAGAGGGCAACCUGUUUUCCCCAAGCACAUCCUAUGCUUGUGCUGUAAAUAACUGGUAUUCCUGUAGUAUCAGAAGUCAGCUCUGCUUUUUUGGGUGGCAAGGUUGUUUUUACAAGGCGCUGCACUCCGAUUAAUUUAUAAUAAAAGCAAACAUUGCCUGAUUUUUCAGUGCAGUAACUUUUGUUUAAAACCAGUUUCGUUUGGAUCAAGGUGUAAGAGCUGAUGCUUGAAACCAGUGUUCCUUGUUUUAUGAAAAAUUCUUGCUUGUUAUUCUAGUCAUUAAGAAUUUGCAGACAUAUAUUAUAAUUUAAGCUUUUUUGUUUGGCAUAUGGCAGCUCAGCUGCACCUUCACCCGGGCAGGAGUGUCCACAGAGCCCCUUCCUUGCAGAAGCCAGCUUUUCCCUGCUCAAGAGCAGGGGGGAGGAUGACAGGUGUGUAAUCCUCAAGAGCUGUGCUGCCCACCAGUUGUGUCAUUCCCACUGCUCACCCUGUUGCAGCAGGAAGUUCACUAAGGUUGGCCCUUCCAUGUGGGAUACCUGUCCUUGGGUAUAGGUAGGUGAAGCUUAGUUAUGGGCCCUGAACAUGUACUAGAUCUUCCUCAGUUAAACAUUUACCCACUUCUGAAUCAACCUAGUUUAGUACAAGUGUGAUUCAGCAGAGACUCAAGGAACUCCCAUCUCUCUGUUCCUUUCAUCCCUUCGUUGUCUGACUUUGAUAAUUUGCUCUUGAUUUACACCCCUGAUGUGAGAGGGGCAGAGCUUUCGUGUCAGUUGACUGGAGCUUGUGUGUGGGUCCCUGGGGAGCCCUGGCCGGCAGGGCUGCACAAAGAGCCUUUGCAAAGCGAGGACUGUUUUCCCAGCCGGAGCAGCGGAGUGGGACGGACGGGAGGAGAGAGCGGAGCUCUGCAGCACCUGUGGCCUCAGCCUCGCCUUCCCCCCCUGCUCAGUGCAGCACAGAUAAGAUCACCCGUGCAUCUUCCUUCCCGUCCUGCAGUCCUGCAUCCGAGGAAGGGCUGACUGCCGGCUCGGCGCUUCCUGCUGCGGUUCACCCUGGCACGAGGCGUGCGGGGAACGUCGUGCUCCGGGGAGGGGGGCUGGGAAUAACUCAUCUGCUUUGUUUUUAAUGGAGCUAAUUAUCCCUGUAAUUGCCCGCCAAAGAGAGAAAAAGGGGUGCAGGACCCCUGGCAGCUGCUGUCCGUGUGGUUUGCUGCCCGACUCCAGCCUUGCCUGCCCCUGGCUUCUGCCUGCACCCUGACUUUCUGGUUCUUUACACUGUUGAUGUGGAGCAGUGCUUUUCUCUGUGUUUUAGCAGACCUGUUCCUCUCUAUUCUUUACAGUUUUUGCUCUUGGGUUCCCCCUGCCCAUUUUUAAAUGAUGUGUAGAUAGAUUUUUGUGAAAUUAAAACCUCUUUAUUAACCCUC